CUCUCUGUCUCUGUGUGUCUCUGUGUGUCUCUGUGUCUCUCUGUGUCUCUGUGUGUCAGUGCGCAGGGUGAAGCCUCUGCUGACCGUCACCUUCUUAUCUGGAGACAUCAGUCUGAUGAACAACUACGACGACCUGUCGCCCCUCGUCAUACGCUCCGGACUCAAAGACGUGGAGGCCCAGUGGUGCUCUCAGGGAGACCUGCUGGCUGUGGCCGGCAUGGAGAGAGUGGGAGACUCGUCGUGCUCGCCCCCCCUCAGCAGGAACGCUCUGGUGAAGUUUUACAACGUGCAGGGGGAGCACAUCUACACCCUGGAGACACCUGCACAGAGGCCCAUCACCACGCUGUGUUGGGGGCACAGGGACUCUCGGCUCUUCCUGGCCUGCGGGGCGGCGCUCUACGUGGUCCGGGUGGAGCAUCGCGUGGCCAGCCUGCAGCUGCUCUGCCAGCAGGGCAUCGCCUCCGCCCUGCGCGAGGAGAAGGACGUGGGGAAGCUCAACAUGCCGUCGCUGCUCUGCUCCUACGUCACCUCCGCCUUCAUCCCCACCAUCAAGCCCCCGAUCCCGGACCCCAACAACAUCCGGGACUUUGUGAGUUACCCCACGGCAGGGAACGAGCGCCUGCACUGCACCAUGAAGCGGGCGGAGGAUAGCCCUGAGGCGGGGGGGCCGUGCUACACCCUGUACCUGGAGUACCUGGGGGGGCUGGUGCCCAUCCUGAAGGGCCGGCGCAUCAGCAAGCUGAGGCCCGAGUUCAUCAUCAUGGACCCCAAAGUGGACGGGAAGACAGGUGGGGGGCGUAUUUACUAAAGUGCAAUUCUAUUAUCUCUAUUUAAGAUCAUUAAACAUUAAAGAUAUAGAUUUCAGGACUUCAUUUUAAACUUUUAAAUAAAUACACUAAGUACUAUAUUCUGUAUUUGAGCAAUAACCAUUACUCGUGUAAUAUAUUCAGAGGUGGAG